GUCCCCAGGCCCGGGAGGGGACGCCGCGGAGCCGGGCCAGUAGCCCCCGCCGCGGCCGCCCGGGGACGCCGACGCCGAGGCCCCUCCGGCUAGGGCAGGACCCGGGCCGGCUCUGCCAGUUUUAACAGCCUCAUGGCCCCAGCCGGCCGCUGAGACCAUGGGCAGCUACUACUCGGAAUACCUCAAUCCCAACAAAGUGGUUGACCAUUAUAAUUACACCAAAGAGACUCUGGACACUCAAGAAACGCCCUCCCGCCAGGUGGCCUCGGCCUUCAUCAUCGUCCUCUGUUGUGCCAUUGUGGUAGAGAAUCUGCUGGUCCUUAUCGCCGUGGCCAGGAAUAGCAAGUUCCAUUCGGCCAUGUAUUUGUUCCUUGGCAACCUAGCAGCCUCUGAUCUCCUGGCCGGGGUGGCGUUUGUGGCCAAUACCUUACUCUCGGGCCCUGUCACCUUGUGGCUUACCCCCUUACAAUGGUUCGCCCGGGAGGGCUCUGCCUUCAUCACCCUGUCUGCUUCGGUCUUCAGUCUCCUGGCGAUCGCCAUUGAACGGCACGUAGCCAUUGCCAAGGUCAAGGUUUAUGGCAGCGACAAGAGCUGCCGGAUGCUGCUGCUUAUCGGGGCUUCGUGGCUCAUCUCGCUCAUCCUCGGGGGCUUGCCCAUCCUUGGCUGGAACUGUCUGGGUGACCUUGAGUCCUGUUCGACUGUGUUGCCCCUCUACGCCAAGCCUUAUGUGCUGUGUGUGGUCACUAUCUUCUCCGUCAUCUUGUUGGCCAUCGUGGCCUUGUACAUUCGCAUCUAUUGCGUGGUCCGAUCCAGCCAUGCGGAUGUAGCUGGCCCUCAGACCCUGGCCUUGCUCAAGACGGUCACCAUUGUGCUGGGCGUGUUCAUUGUCUGCUGGCUGCCUGCCUUUAGUAUCCUCCUUUUGGACUAUGCCUGCCCUGUGCGUGCCUGCCCCCUUCUCUACAAAGCCCACUACUUCUUUGCCUUCGCCACCCUCAACUCCUUGCUCAACCCUGUCAUCUAUACGUGGCGCAGCCGGGAUCUUCGACGAGAGGUGCUACGUCCCUUCCAGUGCUGGCAUCGGGGGGCAGGGGUGACAGGACGCCACGGUGGGACUCCAGGCCAUCGCCUCCUUCCUUUACGCAGCUCCAGCUCUCUGGAGAGAGGAACACACAUGCCCACAUCACCCACGUUCUUCGAAAGCAACACUGUGGUCUGAAUGAUGCUCAAGCCACAGCAGGCAGCUGCCAAAAAACUGAUUCUGGGGAAGGAGGGGCUGUCCAGCAAGAAGCCCCCCUAAUUCUGCAUGUGUUGGUGAGAAGGAACAUCAUUUGUUCAUAGCCCAGGGUGACAAGUGGAAACCACUGGCUAGUCUGAUGGCAAUGUACACUAUAUGAGACCCUUAAAAAAAAGACAGGGUGGGGCUGGGGAUAUGGCCUAGUGGCAA